AUGAGUUUUAUGUCAUUUGUAGGUGAAAUAUUUAAAAAUGGAUUGAUUGCCCUAGAUGAUUUGUCGGUGGGCAGUUUGCCGUUGGAUUAUCCGAAUAACACUUUGAGCAGCGGCGAGCGAUUACAGCAUCUGGAAGGUCGCUAUCUGAGUGUAUUCAGUUCAGUCAAUGACGGUUCUAGUGGAAUAAUUACUGUGCGGGAAUCCGAUCCGAAAAACUCGUCUCUUAUUGGCUGUAUGAAUGCCAAACAAAUUGGACGUUUACAUCGGCUAAUUCACCUAUCUUAUCCGAGUGAUCAACCGUUUGAAGCCACGUCCAUUUUAUCAAUCACAUGGGCUAAUAUGACCAAUCGGAUUGACGGACCUCGCAAGAACAAUUCAUUUGCCGUGAUCAUUUUGACCAACGGAGUGAGUUCGUAUGCCACGUUCCAAUACUGGAAUAUUGAAUGGCCUGAACUGGACGUGGUUGUGUCCAAUUCGCUGGCUCCGGAGGCUGGGAUAUUUAUGCGUCCUUUGGGUGGUUAUCAGCUACCUCGAAGUGGACAUUCUGUGCAAACCUCGUUAUGGACAACUGAAUCCAAUGUUGCGGUUCCCGGUGAAUGGCUUAUCCCGUUAAGUGACGCGACUGUGAGCAAUGACAAGUUGUUUGAACUUCUGCCAAAGAUUUUGGCUGAGUUUAUACAAACCGUUCAAUCCGAUUGCGCUCAAGACACGACAAACCCAGUGCCAUUGCACGAAGAAGUUCUCAUUCGACGCGUACCCAAAACAGGGAAUCGGUCGGACCUAUUAAAUGAUUCACCCACUAGACCAGCACUGGAUUUUUCCACAGAACCAAUUCAUUGGGAGGGUUCGGAAUACACCAAUGAGUGGAAAGAUGACGAAGAAGAGGAUGAGGACUACACAGACAGUGAUAUGGGUGCAUUCGACACUGAGAUGUGGACGACAGGGAACAAGGAAGAACGGGAUACACAACGCUUCACUUCAGAUAUGAUCGCUCCAGUGGAAAUACAAGAUCCACUGAGUCCUAUCAAUCCAGAAACCGAUUUUCCUCUGGGAUUAUAUGACCUCGAUGCCAACCGAAGCUUCACGGUUGAACGUACAUCGGACUUUUGGGUAAAAUAUUGGCAGCCAGUUCAACCGUACUCCCAUUUGCGGCCGGCUUCCUUGGCUUCAGUUCAACAUAUAACUCACUUAUACAUCCAACUCACCCUAUUGAAUAAAGCACCUAUCGUUCCGGAGACAUAUAUUCCGUUGGAAGACGAUCGGGCAUCCGAAUCGUACUACAGCACCCCAGAUCGAACCGCGGGAACUGAAACUUGGGCACCGAGACCGGAGCCACGAGUUUUCAGUACGGAACGCUGUGAUACUACUGUCGAGUGUGCCAGCGCGGAAUCUGAUUGCUAUCGUGUUGACGGGAAUACGUGUUGUGUGUGCCGAGAAGGAUUCUACGGUAGCGGGAAUCACCACUGUUGGCGUGAAGAUAUCGAUUACAAAUUUGCCUUCAACGGAACGUUGUCUGCUCGUCUGAGUAGUGCAGAAGAGACCAAACGAUUUGUCACCUAUCUGGAUAUUCAGCACGGGAUAGUCAAGAGAAGUUCCAGUGGAAUUCGACAGGGGAUUGCACAUGAUUCAACAUACAAUACAUUGCGUCUUCUCACACCGAUGUUUCAUAUUUUGAAUUCACUGGUAUCCAGUUCAUGUGCAAAUAACACCGCUGCCGCAGAUCCAACACAGAGAGAAUUUAGCAUUUUCACCUUAGGAGGAGCUUUUCGAACCACUUUCGGCAUGCAGUUCGUGUUUGAUAUCGACUACGUUGGUCGUCUGUUUGUGCGUGCCACAUUUAAACUGGACGACGACACAUCCCGGUCGUUCUCGCGAGGUAGAAUGAAUGUGGAAGUCACUGCAGAUGGACCGAUCACUCUUGUGGAUCGUGCUUAUCGCGAAGCGUACGGAGUAACUGGAAUAGGCGGUAAAAGUUACUACACAUCCUACCACGUGGAUCAGUACGGUCGUGUUGUUUUCCCAGAACAGUCAGUGAAGUUCAUGGCAGAACAACGCAGUACAGAUGGACGGGAAGUCAACAAAGAUGAGCUGACUGUCCGCUUUUCUGCAAUUGCUCAGAUGCAACCUGCUGCUGGGGAGGAUCCUAGUGGUGGUUGUUUGCUCCAGUCAACUACGAUUGUACCUAGGGACAAACGAUUUUAUAUGCGUUUACGAGAUCGUGGAUACUGCAGUGAAGAUUGCUCUUCUACCGAAGGUUCUUGCAAUCUGUUCUGCGUAGAUGAACCACUACUGUUUGCACAUGAACCCAAUUCUUGCGAUUGCGUUUAUUGUGAUCGAGAUGGAGAAAUAUGUAUCCCUGAAGGUGGCAGUUACAGCUGUUCGUGUCGUCCCGGUCUGCGAAGAAUGGAGGAUCGGACAUGUCGUGAUGUUCCCGGGGAACGUGAACCUUGUGGACAGCUUUCUUGUCACCUGAAUGCGCGUUGUAUUAACCCGGCACAAGGAUUUUGUCAAUGCCUCCCGGGAUUUCGUGGGGAUGGAAUUGAGCGUUGUGAACAAGAUCCGUGCGAAGACAUUCAAUGUCAUCGGGAUGGCUACUGUAUAGGUGGCAGAUGUCAAUGUCGCGAGGGAUUUGAGGGCGAUGGGUACUGGGAAUGUCGGCAAGGUACUCCAGACCCGUGUGCCGUGAUCCAGUGUCACCCGAAUGCCACCUGUCAAAACGGCCUCUGUUUGUGUUUACCCGGUUUUGAGGGUGAUGGCUAUCGAGAUUGUAGGCUAGCCUCUGAUCCUUGUGCAAGCGUACGCUGUCAUCAUUACGGUUUUUGUGAAGCCGGUCAGUGUCGUUGCUUAGAGGGUUAUCAAGGCGAUGGUCUUUAUCAAUGCACCCCGAUUGCUGGCGAAUUGUGUGGUGGACAUCAGUGUCAUGAGAAAGCACACUGUGUGAAUGAUCGAUGCCAAUGUGCCAGUGGCUACGUUGGUGACGGAUAUCGGGAAUGUGUGCCCAAUGCUUACGGUGAGCCCAGUCACAUGACAUUCAAAUAA